GUCGGCCGUUCAUGCCGGCUACUACGGUAGUGGCAUUCGGCGUCGUUGUGUGAGACGAGCCGGUCGCUCGUCGUGUCGCGAGUGUUCCCGUGUUGUGCGCCGCUCUGAGCCUCCUCCCGUGUUGUUCAGAUUCGGGCAGUGCCCGGCCGCAUCGCGGCCUGUGAAGUUUCCCGUGUGUGUACUGUGUACUGUGAGUGAACCAUCAUUGGUGUGUGAGUGACAGGUGAAGUGACCAUGGGCUUGUUCACCGGAGUAGCGGCCUUCGUCGCGCUGCUCGCUAUAGGAGCAGUGCGAUGCGAGGACGAGAGCAUCGGCCCCAUCUUCAUGAAGGAACCGCCCAACCGCGUGGACUUCAGCAACACGACGGGCGCGGUGGUGGAGUGCGCGGCGCGGGGCUCCCCCGCCCCCGACGUCAUCUGGGUGCGAGCUGACGGUACUGCUGUGGGCGACGUUCCCGGACUGCGACAGGUGCUCCCGAACGGCAACCUGGUGUUCCCGCCGUUCCGCGCGGAGGACUACAGGCAGGAGGUGCACGCGCAGGUAUACGCCUGCCUCGCGCGCUCGCCCGUCGGCACCAUACACUCCCGAGACGUCAACGUGCGCGCCGCCGUGGCGCAGGCGUACGACACGGACGUGAACAAGGAGUACGUGAUAAUGGGCAACAGCAUCAUCCUCAAGUGCCAGGUCCCCUCCUUCGUCGCGGACUUCGUCGACGUGCUGUCCUGGCACACCGACGAGAAGGAGGACUUCUACCCCGGCGAGAACUACGAGGGCAAAUACUUGGUGCUACCUUCCGGAGAGUUGCAUAUCCGAGAUGUCGGACCCGAGGACGGAUACAAGUCGUACCAAUGCCGCACCAAGCACAGGCUCACUGGAGAAACUAGAUUGUCGGCUACUAAAGGACGAUUGGUUAUCACUGAGCCCGUAGGACGCGUUCCUCCGAAGUUUCCCACGAUGGAUAAUGUUAGAGGAUUUAGUGCGAUCGUUAAUGAAAGCUUGACACUAUUAUGCCCCGCACAGGCGUUCCCCGUUCCUCUGUUCAGAUGGUACAAAUUCAUCGACGGCUCGGCUCGGAAGCAGCCCGUUACCCUGGACGACAGAGUGAAGCAGGUGUCCGGAACGCUCAUCAUUAAGGAGGCUAAAGUAGAGGACUCUGGAAAAUACCUGUGCGUCGUCAAUAACUCGGUUGGAGGUGAAUCCGUCGAAACGGUACUAACAGUUACUGCCCCGCUAAAGGCUACCGUCGAACCCGCUACCCAGACCGUCGACUUCGGAAGACCGGCAGUAUUCACUUGCAGAUACGAGGGCAACCCCGUUAAAACUAUCACUUGGCUCAAGGACGGCAAGGACAUGAACCAUCAUGACACCACUCUGAGGAUCGAAUCUGUAAAGAAGGAGGACAAGGGCAUGUACCAGUGCUUCAUCAGGAACGACCAGGAGAGCGCCGGAGCCAGCGCCGAACUGAAACUUGGAGGACGAUUCGAGCCGCCCCUGAUCAGGCACAGCUUCGGCGAGCAGACGCUCCGGUCCGGUCCCCCCCUGCGGCUGAAGUGCGUCGCGUCCGGCAACCCCACCCCCGACAUCGCGUGGCAGCUGGACGGCGAGCGGCUCGCCAGCGCCGAGCGCCUGCAGAUCGGCCAGUUCGUCACUGCCGACGGCAACGUCGAGUCCCACCUCAACGUCUCCUCCGUCCACACCAACGACGGCGGCCUCUACUCUUGCAUCGCCUCUAGCAAGGUCGGCAGCGCGUCGCACUCGGCCCGCGUGAACGUGUACGGUCACCCGUACGUCCGCCAGAUGAAGAAGCGGCCCGUCGUCGCCGGCGACACGCUCAUCGCGCACUGUCCCGUCGCCGGGUACCCUAUUGACUCCAUCGUAUGGGAAAGAGACGGACGCGUGCUGCCCAUCAACCGCAAGCAGAAGGUGUUCCCGAACGGCACGCUGGUGAUCGAGAACGUGGAGCGUCUGAGCGACCAGGCCACCUACACCUGCGUCGCCAAGAACUCGCAGGGCUUCACCGCGCGCGGCAACCUCGAGCUCCAGGUCAUGGUCCCCCCGCAAAUUCUGCCGUUUGAGUUCGGCGACGAGCCCGCCAACGCCGGCGACAUGGCGUCCGUGUCGUGCGCCGUCAGCAAGGGCGACCAGCCCCUUAACAUCUCGUGGGUCUUCAACGGGCGCCGCGUGCCCAAGAACAACGACCUGGGCAUCGUCAUCACCACCAUCAACAAAAAGACCUCCAUCCUCAACAUCGACUCCGUUGGCGGAGCGCACCGCGGCACCUACCACUGCGUCGCCGCCAACGCCGCCGGCUCCGCCAACCACAGCGCAGUUCUAGAAGUGAACGUACCUCCUCGUUGGAUUUUGGAACCCACUGAUAAGGCUUUUGCCCAAGGCUCUGACGCUAAAGUUGAAUGUAAAGCCGACGGCUUCCCCAAGCCCCAGGUCACGUGGAAGAGGGCUGAAGGGGAUACGCCCGGCGAUUACAAGGAUCUUAAGCCAAACAACCCUAACGUAAAAGUCGAGGAUGGUACUCUGUCUAUCACGAACAUUCAAAAGACGAACGAAGGAUAUUAUCUGUGCGAAGCUGUAAACGGAAUCGGAUCUGGACUGUCUGCUGUCAUCAUCAUCAGUGUACAAGCUCCACCCCAAUUCGAAAUUAAGAUGCGAAACCAAACUGCGCGACGAAGCGAACCCGCUGUCUUACAAUGCCAAGCUAAAGGAGAACGGCCAAUCGGAAUCAUCUGGAACAUGAACAACAAGCGCCUGGAACCCAAAUCCGACCCACGAUACACGAUCCGCGAGGAGAUUUUGCCCGGAGGUGUAGUUUCCGACCUCAGCAUCAGAAGGACCGAACGAUCUGACAGCGCGCUCUUCACCUGUGUCGCCACUAACGCCUUUGGCUCCGACGAUACUAGCAUCAACAUGAUUAUUCAAGAGGUCCCUGAGGCACCCUACGGCUUGAAGGUAUUGGACAAAUCCGGAAGGACCGUGCAACUGUCUUGGGCUGCUCCUUACGAUGGCAACUCCCCAAUCAAGAAGUUCCUUAUCGAAUACAAACGCGCCAAGGGCAACUGGGAGAAGGAUAUUGACAGGGUAUUAGUACCUGGAGAUACUACCGAGGCUGGAGUGUUCAGUUUGAGGCCCGCCACCGCGUAUCACAUUCGUAUCGUCGCUGAAAACGAGCUCGGAACCUCGGAACCCUCGGAGACAGUCACCAUCAUCACCGCCGAAGAGGCUCCUACUGGCAUGCCACAGGACGUCAAAGUUGAUGCCACCGAUAAGCACACUCUGCGAGUGACGUGGAAACCUCCCCAGCCCCAGGACUGGAACGGCGAACUCCAAGGAUACUAUGUUGGCUACAAACUGGCGUCAAGCAACAAGUCGUUCGUUUUCGAAACCGUUGACAUUUCCAAGGAGUCUGGCAAGGAACAUCAUCUGGAUAUCGUUAACCUUAAGACAUACACGCAAUAUUCGAUCGUGGUUCAAGCGUUUAACAAGAUGGGUUCAGGACCAGUGUCAACGGAAGUGAAGGCUUACACCGCAGAAGGCGCCCCCUCGGCUCCCCCUCAGGACGUGUUAUGUACGACACUGACCGCUCAGACCAUCCGCGUAUCCUGGGUGUCCCCGCCCCUCGCCGCCGCUAACGGACUCAUCAAGGCGUACAAAGUUGUAUACGGCCCCAGCGACACUUGGUAUGACGAGAAGACCAAAGACACUAAGAUCACGGCGAGCAGCGAGACCAUCCUCCACGGGCUGAAGAAGUUCACCAACUACUCCAUGGAGGUGCUGGCCACCACCAACGGCGGCGACGGCGUGCGCUCCGCCCCCAUACACUGCCAGACUGAACAGGACGUACCGGAGGCCCCUCGUGCCGUGAAGGCUCUAGUGAUGGGUCAGGACUCGAUCCUCGUGUCGUGGAGGCCGCCAGCGCAGCCCAACGGCGUCGUCACACACUACAACGUCUACACCCAGGCGCAGAACGCUGAACCUCAUCCUAACAAGGUCCCGGCAUCUCAGACGAGCUACUCGGCGACGGAGCUGAAAGCCGGCCGCUACGACUUCUGGGUGACCGCGUCCACCAUCAUCGGCGAAGGUCAACCCUCGGCCACCGCCUCCUGCAGCCCCAGUGACAAAGUUCCCGCCAAGAUCGCCUCUUUCGACGAGUCAUUCACCGCUACCUACAAGGAGGAUGUCAAGCUGCCCUGCCUCGCUGUUGGUGUUCCCCAACCCAAUAUUCUAUGGAAGGUCAAAGGUCAGCCUCUCGAAGCGUCAGAACGCGUCCGGCAGCUGCCCGAGGGCUCGCUGCAGAUCGCGGGAGUGGCGCGCGAGGACGCCGGCGAGUACUCGUGCCACGUCGACAACCAGUUCGGCACCGACACCGUCACACAUACGCUCUCUGUUCUUGCGCCCCCCUUCCCCCCUCAGCUGAACAUCGCGUCGUCGUCGGUGUCGUCGCUGACGCUGCGGCUGAAGCCGUCUGCUGACGCGGAGCAGUCGCCCGCCGCCGGGUACACCAUACACUACAAGCAGGAGUUCGGCGACUGGGAGACCGUGCAGAUUCCAAGCAACACUGAUACUUACACACUCGAGAACCUGUUCUGCGGCUCUAGAUACCAGCUUUACGUUACUGCAUACAACGGCAUCGGCACUGGCGAGGCGUCGGACGUGGUGAUCGCCCGCACGCGGGGCUCCAAGCCGCCCGUGCCGCGCGCCGCCGACUUCAUCGAGGUGGGCUCCUCCUCCGUCACGCUGCACCUCAAACAGUGGCUCGACGGCGGCUGCCCCAUGAGCCACUUCGUCGUCGAAAACAAGAAGAAGGGAGCUGCUGAAUGGAACCAAAUCUCUAACGCUGUGAAACCCGGUGGAAACUUUGUUGUACUGGACCUGGAACCCGCGACGUGGUACGUGCUGCGCAUCACCGCUCACAACAACGCCGGCUUCAACGUCGCCGAGUACGAGUUCGCCACGCUCACCAUGACCGGAGGGACGAUAGCGCCGGCGCGGUCGCUGGACGCGCUCACGCCGGAGCAGACGCUCAAGAUCGUGCUGUCGCACCUCAACCUGAUCGUGCCGGUGGUGGCGGCCGUGCUCGUGAUCGUCAUCGCGGUGGUGGUGGUGUGCGUGGUGCGCGGCGCCCGGGAGCCUCACCACAAAGGUCGGUACCGCAGGCACGGUGGCGCCACCCGCGAGCGAGGGCUCGGCUGGGCGCGCGCGCUGCUCGAGCCCGAGGUGCUGGUGCCCAUGCUGGCCACGCUGCUGGUGUUCGUAGUCGGCAUGGCCGUCAUCUGCCUCACGCUCGCCCGCCGCAACGCCCCGCGCCGCCUGCGAGGUCAGAAGGACGCCUACUACGACGCCGUGUACAACGCGUCGCAGGGCGCGCUGGUGGGCGGCGGCGGCACGCUGGACAAGCGCGGCGGCCUGCGCGACGAGCUCGGCUACAUCGCGCCCCCCAACCGCAAGCUACCCCCCGUACCCGGCUCCAACUACAACACCUGCGACAGAGUCAAACGACAGGCCGUUAUCAUGGGCGCGCACUCGACGUGGGACCCGCGCCGCCAUCACUACGAGCGCGUCCGCCGCCCGCGCCCGCCGGUCCGCCGCACCGGCUCCGGCGACACGCUCUCCACAGGCAUGGAGGAUGAGAUCUGCCCGUACGCGACGUUCCACCUGCUGGGCUUCCGCGAGGAGAUGGACCCGAGCAAGGCGAUCGCGUUCCCGCACCACCACCCACACGCCGGCACGCUGGCGCACCCCGCCGCCCACCCCGCGCACCCUCACCACCCAGCACACUCGCGCGCUGGCUCGCAGAGCAUGCCCCGCGCCAACAGCCGCUACGCCCGCAAGAACUCGCAGGGCGGCCAGAGCGCCAUCUACUCCACCGCGCCCGAGUACGACGACCCCGCCACCUGCGCUGAGGAGGACCAAUACCGUGCCCGCUACUCCCGACCGAUGUACGCGUGCGGCCCCGAGUACGACGAGCCCGCGUGCUGCGCGCCCGAGGACGAGCAGUACACCGGCGCCUACGGCACGCCCUAUGGAGACCACUACGGAUCACGGCCCAGCAUCGUGUCUCGCGGGCGCAAGCACAGCUCGCCCGAGCCGCCGCCGCCGCCGCCGCGCAACGCCGACAACAACUGCUCCUCCAGCUUCAACGACAGCAAGGACUCCAACGAGAUCUCCGAGGCCGAGUGCGACCAGCCCCGCAACUACCCUGUCCGGGCGCACACCGCCAAGGACGGUUUGCACGGCGACGAGAUGCGCAAGCUCAUAGACAGACCAGAAGCAACCACCCCAGUCCCCCAGCAAAUCCACGGGCGGGGGGGACUCACAGCCUACGAUACUGUGGCAGUGUAACCUGUAAGCCGCCGACGAGGGGCCGGGCCGCCGCGGCGCUGCAGCUCAUUUACGUGCAUUUAAUUAAGUUUUCGCGCUCGGGCGGAUGAUUUUGUUUUGUUUGGCGUGUCGCCGUUUUAUUUUUUAUCCCAACUAAGUUGGCUGGAUUGUGACGCGGCGUGCCGCGGCCGGCGGACGAGGGGCGGCGCCGCACUCCCGUAGCGGCGUCACUAGUGUUACCAUUCGAAGCGCGACCAGAAAAAUAAAAAUAAUCGCCACUUUGCCGAAAAUCGCGAAACGAAAUUGAAACCUCAGUAACGAAAAAUCUUUUGAAAAUCUGUAAUCAUUAUUCACAUACACGCUACUCGCUUUUCACAGUAUUGCAGCAAAAAAAGCGCCCCCACGGCAGAUUUUUUUACUUUCUGGUCGGGCUCCAACAGAAACAAGGUUGUGGUAGGUAUUGAAAUUGAUGUAUCCCCCGUAGCGCGCCCGCGCCGCCCGCCGCCUGCCGUCCGCCGCCCGCGACGCGCGCGCCUGUAUAAACGCCGGUCUGUAAGAGCAGCGGUGCCCCUCGAUGGUGUUGCCAAAAUGUCGGUGGAUCCCAUCGAUUCGAUAUCGACGAUCGACCGGCACCGCUGGCUCGCUCCGCGUCGGUUUAGAUCGAGCUCGCUCGUGGUAAUGUGAUAUUUUGAACUAACCCGUUUAUUUUCAUGUGAACUAACGUUAUUUAUAUUGUUUUGUAUAAUUUGAGCGUCCGCCACGUUUCGUAAUGCUUCCUUUACCCGUGAUGCUUUUUACCAUAUUUUAUAUCGCGUCUAGUAUUUUGUAAUGUUUAAUGUUCUCAUUUGCGUUUACGCUAGGUGUAAGUUAGGUGUAAGAAUAUUUAGCGUUUAACUCUUCAGACGUAUGUACUCCGUAGCUAGACGUAAGCGUGUCCCCCGAUGUACUCUCGAUACGAAAUUUUGAAUAUUUUAUAUGAGUCAUGUUACCCGAUCGUCGAUAAGGUGAAUUUUAAUAUUAACCGUAAUUAUCUUUCUAUGUAAACGUAUAAAGUGUUUAGAUGUUAGGUCGCCGGCGUGCGUGCGGCGCGCCCGCUCGGGCGUGCUCGUGCCCGCUCGUGCGCCGCCCGACCGCACCGCCGCGCGCCGCGCGCACGCCGCGCUAAGUGUAUCGCUUCAACGUAGGCUGUAGUUAGGUUCCCGCGACUUCCUAGCAACGGAUCUUCUCGUACCUUCCAUUUAGAAAAUUUUUGGAUUAAUAAUUAUUAAAGUUCUAAUUGAAUAAAUCGAUCGUAACGAUUAAAAUUACUCGAAAUUACCAGCUUAGUGAGGGCGCGACGGCGCGUCGACGUUCGCUUGUCGGGUUCUUUGCGGCUUGUUCUGAUCGUUUCCGGAGCGCCGAUUGCGAUUUAACUAUUUGUACCAAAGUGUUUGAAUUGUGUUGAAUAAAGUACUCAUAUUUCAACUACA